CCGCUCCGAGCACCCAGCUCGACGGGGACGCGCGCCCGGCCGAUCUCGGGGGACACGGCCUGGGGCGUGUCGCGACCCAGAACAUCCCCCAAAUGCUCUUGGAAGAAGCCUCAGUGGUUCCCGCACCGACCACGCUGAGGAGAUGCACCACUGUAAACGAUAUCGCUCCCCUGAGCCGGACCAGUACCUACGCUACCGCUGGAAGAGGCGGCGGUCCUACAGCCGGGAGCGGGAACACGAGGGGAGACUGCGCUACCCGUCCCGCAGGGAGCCUCCCCCACGGAGGUCCCGGUCCCGGAGCCACGACCGCCUGCCCUACCAGAGGAGAUACCGGGAGCACCGCGACAGCAACACAUACCGCUGUGAAGAGCGGAGCCCAUCAUUUGGCGAGAACUGCUAUGGAUCUUCACGUUCCCGUCACCGGCGGAGGUCACGGGAGAAGAUGCCAUACCGGACCCGAAAACACAACCACCACUGCCACAAACGCCGCACCAGGUCUUGUAGCAGCGCCUCCUCGAGAAGCCAACAGAGCAGUAAGCGCAGCAGCCGGAGUGUGGAAGAUGACAAGGAGGGCCACCUGGUGUGCCGGAUCGGCGAUUGGCUCCAAGAGCGAUAUGAGAUCGUGGGCAACCUGGGCGAAGGCACCUUUGGCAAGGUGGUGGAGUGCCUGGACCACGCCAGAGGAAAAUCCCAGGUCGCCCUGAAGAUCAUCCGCAAUGUGGGCAAGUACCGGGAGGCUGCCCGGCUGGAAAUCAACGUCCUCAAGAAAAUCAAGGAGAAGGACAAGGAGAACAAGUUCCUGUGUGUGUUGAUGUCUGACUGGUUCAACUUCCAUGGCCACAUGUGCAUCGCCUUUGAGCUCCUGGGCAAGAACACCUUCGAGUUCCUGAAGGAGAACAACUUCCAGCCUUACCCCCUCCCCCACAUCCGGCACAUGGCCUACCAGCUCUGCCAUGCCCUCAGGUUUCUACAUGAGAACCAGUUAACCCACACAGACUUGAAGCCAGAGAACAUCCUGUUCGUGAACUCGGAGUUUGAAACCCUUUACAAUGAGCACAAGAGCUGUGAGGAGAAGUCAUUGAAGAACACCAGCAUCCGAGUGGCCGACUUCGGCAGUGCCACAUUUGACCACGAGCAUCACACUACCAUUGUGGCCACCCGGCACUACCGCCCACCCGAGGUCAUCCUGGAACUGGGCUGGGCACAGCCCUGUGACGUCUGGAGCAUUGGCUGCAUCCUUUUUGAGUACUACCGUGGCUUCACACUCUUCCAGACCCAUGAAAACCGAGAGCACUUGGUGAUGAUGGAGAAGAUUCUGGGCCCCAUCCCAUCACACAUGAUCCACCGCACCAGGAAGCAGAAAUAUUUCUACAAAGGGGGCCUCGUCUGGGAUGAGAACAGCUCAGACGGCCGGUAUGUGAAGGAGAACUGCAAACCUCUGAAGAGUUACAUGCUCCAGGACUCUCUGGAGCACGUACAGCUGUUCGACCUGAUGCGGAGGAUGCUGGAAUUUGACCCUGCACAGCGCAUCACAUUGGCAGAGGCCCUGCUGCACCCCUUCUUUGCGGGCCUCACCCCCGAAGAGCGGUGCUUCCACACCAGCCGAAACCCCAGCAGAUGACAGGAGUGCCUGCAUGCCAGUAGGUGGAGGGGUAGAGCCACCGACAAACAGUGCAAUGUGAAGAAGGCAGGAGCCUAUAGAACACCCAGCUGCCAGAAAGCACAGAUCUGACCCACGCUAUUUAUAUGUUGUAAAGUUAUAAUAAAAUGUUUCUUACUGUUUGUAA